CUCUUAUCAUCAUUAAAACUCAUUUCAAGAAUUAAUCUAGACAAAAUACAGAUUCUUACUACUUAAUUUAAGUACAUUUCUUAUUUUUUAUUUUUAAAAAAACCUGAACUAAAACUGAAAUCCUUAAUUCAUGGCCUUUAAUAUUCACACAAUAGAUAUGAAAUCUCCCUUCUUUUAUUUUAAUUUGAUUUUGGUUCCGUCUAACAAUUUUUCUAUAAUAAAAAAAAAAUGAAAUAAUUCACAGAAGUACUUUAUUAAACAAAAAGUGUACUUAAAAAAUAAUAAAAAAAAUUGUGGGAAGGACUAGGAAGUAGUAGUAGGACAAAGGCAAAGCGGCGUUAGAGUAAUAUUAUUAUAAAUAAAACAUCUAUCUGUGUAACCGUAAUUUGCAGUGCACGUUAUAUUUUUCUGCUUCAAGAAAAAAAAAAUUGAUAAAAGAAAAAUAAAAAUCUGUGGGAUGAAUUUGACUCUUUGGUUCUCCAUUAGAGACCCGAGAAUCUGAGCUUUUUACGAGUUGGGUUUUUGUUUGUUUGUUUGUUUUGUUUUGAAUUGGGUUGCCUUUUGUUUUUUUCGUUUAGUUUCGUUAAUGGCAGAUGAAGUGGUGAUGGAAAAUGACCCAUCAUCCAUGGCGGCGGAGAAGAAGACUGUGGGAUUGAAGAAUAAGUUGCAGAGAUUGGUUAAAGCCAUUGUAGAUGAAGAAGAAGUAGAAGACAAGGAGGGCAACGACACAGACAAAGUUGAGGAUAAAGCUUUGAGGGUCUUGAAUUCUUUGAAGGAUUUGAAAUUGAAAAAUUAUUCGUAUGAUGACAGUCUUGCUGUUCCUGAAGUAUUCAAAUGUCCAAUCACGAGAGAACUCAUGGGAGACCCAGUUGUCUUGGCCACUGGACUGACUUAUGAUCGGCCAUUCAUUGAAAGGUGGUUGUGUGAAGGUCACAUAACAUGUCCUCAAACCCAACAAGUACUCUCUCAUACUGGACUCACUCCUAAUUACUUAGUUCGAAAAUUGAUUUAUCAAUGGUGCAUUGAGCGUGGGAUUGAACCUCCAAAAGUCUGCCAAGAUAAUGAUGUGAUCGUGUUAAGAGGGGAUGACAAACCUGACAUAAAAUCUCUCCUUGAGAAGCUAUCGAUGUUGGAAUAUGAUCAGAAUGAAACAGCAAAAGAAAUUCGUUCUCUAUCAAGGAAGAGUCCAUUUACUCGGGAAUUUUUCGGCAAGUCCACAGAAGCAAUCACCAAACUGCUUGGCCCACUAACACCAGGGGAGGCUGAUAGGAAUCCUGAUCUACAAGAAAAUAUAAUUGAAACACUUCUUAACGUUUCUAUAGUUGAUCAGAACAAGAAAUUAGUUGGGGAAAACACAUUAGCAAUCACUCUGCUUGUUGAAUCAAUGCAAUGUGGAACCAUUAGAACCAAAGGAAAUGCUGCUGCAGCUCUCUCUACACUGGCAGACUAUGAUUCCAACAAGAUUAUUAUAGGAAACUCCGGAGCUAUUAAGCCUUUGAUCAAUCUUUUAGAGGAGGAGGACCAAUGUGUGGUUAAGGAUGCUGCUUGUGCACUAUUCAACAUUUGUACCUGCCAUGAAAUUAAACAGAAAGCCAUUAAAGAAGGAGCAGUACCAGUGCUUGUGAAAAGGAUUCAGGAAGAUGUGAUGGUCGAACCGUUGUUUUCUAUACUUGCCCUGCUUUCUGCCCAUCAGUUGGCUGUCGAUGAAAUGAACAAGGUUAAUGUCAUGCCUUUGUUGCUUAGCAUUAUAAGACAGAAUACUUGUGAGAAGACCAAGGAAAAUUCCAUUUCUAUAAUCCAGAUACUUCUUAACAAUGAUCGGAGGAAAAUGAGGGCAAUCAAUGUUGAGGAAGCUAAUCAUGGUACAAUAACCAAACUUUCUCAGACUGGGACUUCAAGAGCAAGAAGGAAGGCUGCAGGAAUUCUUGAGAGGCUGAAAAAAGGUGCUUUCAUAACACAUACUGCCUGAUAUGCCCCCUCCCCUUCAAAGUUAGAUUCUUAGACACCCUUUGUCUAUAUUCAUGUCACCACUAACUUUUUUCAAUCCAAUUAUAUACACAAUACAUGAUAAGUUGAAGCUAUUGGCCCUGGAAAAUUCCUGUGUUUUUCUUAAGAGCUCUCUUUUCAUGUAUCAGUUAUUGUAUAGAUCAAUCCAAUUAAAAAAAAGCCUUUAACAUAUCUGUAAAAAAAUAUUUGAUUUCAUUCAUUUUGUACAUAGUUUUGGCACUUGAGGGUUAUAGACAAGCAAAAGAUAUUGUAUUUUCACUUCUUUCAGUAAUAAAAGUGCUACAUAAUUAUGAGUCC